UGCUUCGUUCCCAAGUAGUACGCAGCACAUUCCAUUCAUCUCUCUGUCUCUCUCACUCUGUUUUACAAAUUACACACACACACACACACUCUCUCUCUCUCUCUCUCUCCAAGUCAGUGUUGUAAGUAUGCAACCGCGCCGAGUACUGAAGCGACCAUCGUCCUCCACUUCCACCGCCAUCAAGGGGAAACCGUCCCAGAAAUCCCCAGUUGUUGAAGAACACGCCGCCCUUGAUCACGAUCAUCACCACCGUCGACCUCCUCGCAAAGAGGAAAAGGAGGAUAAGGUAAUUGAUCCAAGAAUGACGGACAAAUCAGAUAGGUUGGAACUUGAAAGUAGUGUCUUGCUUACCGAUGCUGAAGAAAAGGGCAAGGCAAAUGAAGGGAUGAAAGAGCAUUGGGAGAUGGAAGGUAAAGAAGAAGAGGAAGCACGUGGUAAAGGGAGAAUUGAUGGAGAAGACAUGACGGAAGCUGUAAUAAAAGGAGAGGAGGAAUUGAAGGAAGAUAUGUGCGAGGAGGAUGUUGGAGAUGAACAUGGUGAGGAACUAGAAGGGUUCGAAGAAGAGCAUCGUGACGUGGUCACAGAAAGGAGGAAACGGAAGGAGUUCGAGGUCUUUGUUGGUGGAUUGGAUCGAGAUGUCACUGAGGAUGAUCUUAGGAAUGUUUUCAGUCAGGUGGGUGAGAUCACUGAAGUGAGGCUCUUAAAGAACCCAGUAACUAAGAAAAACAAGGGCUUUGCUUUCCUAAGAUUCGCUACUGUUGAGCAGGCAAAGCGUGCUGUCAAUGAACUAAAACAUCCAGUGGUUAAUGGGAAACAGUGUGGUGUAGCUCCAAGUAAAGACAAUGACACUUUAUUUGUUGGUAACAUUUGCAAGGAUUGGACAAAGGAAACUCUGAAGGAAAAGCUUGCCAAUUACGGGGUUGAAAAGUUUGAGGAGUUGACAUUGAUUGAUGAUCUUAAAAAUGAGGGUAGGAAUCGGGGAUUCGCUUUUCUGGGGUUCUCUUCCAGAGCAGAUGCUGUGGAAGCUUGCAAGCGCUUGCAAAAGAGGGAUGUUGAGUUUGGGACAGAUCGAAUGGCUAGGGUUGCUUUUGCAGAUACUUUCACUGAACCUGAUGAAGAAAUCAUGGCACAGGUUAGGAAGGUAUUUAUUGAUUGUUUGCCUUCUAUCUGGGAAGAGGAUUCUGUCAAGGAGCAUUUCAAAAAGUUUGGGAGGAUUGAAAAGGUUGAACUUGCCCGGAAUAUGCCAGCUGCAAAAAGAACAGAUUUUGGUUUUAUAACAUUUGAGACACAUGAUGCUGCAGUAGCUUGUGUUGAUGGCAUAAAUAGUGCUGAGCUUGGUCAUGGAGAUAAGAAGGUGAAGGUUAGGGCUAGGUUAACAAGGCCACGUCAGAGAGGAAAGUCUGCUAGACAUCCUCAAGGAGGUUAUCCUGUUGGAAAUGGCGACCGUCGAGAUAUCAAGGCUUCUUGGGGAUCUAGUAUAUCCAGCAUGGACAAUUGGAAGAUUACGAGCCAUAGUGGAAGAAGUAUAAAUCACAAUGCAUAUGAUGGAAUUCUAAAACAAUCACUUGGUAAUAGGAAUAGACACCCAAUUGUCGAUGUGGUUCCUAAAACAGUGGGGAGGAGAAGACAGUUUGCUUCCUCGGAUAGAUCGUUCAGUAAAAAAUCUCCUGUUUAUGGAACGACCAUACACCGAGAUUACAUUAAUGAAGGGGAUGAAUUUUCUGGGCCAUCUGAUUUUGCUAGAGCUCCUGUCAGGAGGCAGUCUGAUAAAGAUAUGUACUCUUCACGUGGAUCUGGGUCCUUGGAAAGUUCUCGAAGGAAUAUCUCUCGUAGAAUUCCUUUGUAUGAUGAUGAUGAUGAUGGCUAUGAGAGAUAUAUGGAACAAUCCUCAAGCUAUCGUGAUAGUUACAGCCGUGAUUACCGUUCUAUUUCGGGCUCCAAACGUCCCUAUUCUCUCAUUGAGGAAGCUCACCCACGUUCUGGUGAAUCUUCAAUUAGGCAGGCAGGAGCUCGUUUUGAUUAUGGGGGUAGCAGUUUUCACUCGUCAUACAGUGCCAAUUCUUAUGGAAGUGCCUCAACAAGGUUGAGGCAUGGCUCUCGUUCAGGGUAUGAUGGAGGGAAUCGGCAUUCUACAAGGCAUUCUCAUGGACAGUUUGAUACAGAUGCAUCAAGUAUGGGGUACAGAAGAGAGAAGAAGAGCAGAGGAGAUGCAGAAGUGCUUUACUGCACCUAUGACAGGGAUUAUGUGACUGAGGAUUACAUACCUUCUCGAUCAGAAAUGGAUGUAGGCUCAUACUCUCCUGUCUACAUAAGCAGUCGCACGAAUGAUGGAUACUUAAGAAGCAGACGUUCUGGCUCGUAUUAUUAAGGUGAGCUUGCUUAGUGCUCACUCGCAAAAAUCGUCUCGAAAUGUGAAUUAUAAAGUACAUUUUAGAAUUAUAAGCAGCAGCUCUAUCAAGAGAGAGAACUCUGUUGCAGAAUUUGACAAUGGAGCUUAACUUGCCCUGUAGUAUUACCAUUAAUGACUUCUGGAUUGUAAAAUUAGGCCUGAUUACUUGAACAUAUUCAGACAUAAGUUUGUUGGUCAAAGUAUUUCAGCAAUGAUAAUUUUUUUGAAGGAAACAAAGAAAUACAUUCUUGGCAGUCUGUUAAUAACUUGAGAGGGUGUGUUUUUAGGCUGCUUGUGUACGAAACGCUGCUGCUAUGGAUAGUUCUUUCUGGCCUUUAUCUUCUUA